AUGGAGGUCCAUGUUACCCGUGUGGCGCCCUUUGCCAGUAAUGGAGAUAUUGCUCCGUUACAGACUGGUUCUGCAAGGAGAAGGUCAUAUACACAAGAGAGCUCCUACAGUGAUAUAUCAAGUGAGUCGUCUACACGACGGACCAGUUCUCAAGUUAGGCCGCGUUCACAUGGUCACAAAAACUUGUCGGUUAAAACGGGACACACUCAAGAUCAUCCAUACAUUCCUCUGAGUGACAGCAAUCUCAGGUGGGGUGUCAUUCCUCAAGAGCUGCAGUCGAGACUCCUUGACUUGAAAGACUACAAGUCUAGGACCCAUGCCAUCGAGGAACUCAAAUAUCUCAUCCAAGACUUUAAUUUUAGUUCUGUCUCCCAUUCCGAUGUGGUUGGCUUUAUUAGCUUCUUGUGCACGCUGCUUGACGACAGCAACUUUACCGUCGUCUUAGUCACAUUGGAUGUUUUGAACUGCUUUGUCUUAAAUCUUGGCCAAGGUGUCAAAGAAUUUCUCAAACCAGUUAUAGCCUCAACGGUCAAACUCCUUGGAGAUGGCAAGAUCACCGUUAAACAGGAGUACAUGAAAAUAUACAUGAGACUGAUGAAAGUGGUUGGACCAUACAAAGUAUUAACUGUCUUGCUUGAAAAUCUGAAGCACAAGAACUCUAGAAUAAGGGAAGAAGUAGUAAAUAUUUGUAUUGUAUCCCUACUAACCUAUCCCAGUGAAGAUUUCAAUUUGCCAUUUUUAGCUUGUGAAAUUGCUCCGUGUUUGAUAGAUAGUAAGAGGCGAGUCCGCCAUGCAGCUUUGGAGGCCUUUGCUGUAUUGGCUGCGUCUAUGGGUCCAGGAAAAAUUAGUCUGCUCAAAGCGGUUGAUGAAGUUGAGCUUCAAGAAAAUGGUGAAGGACUAAUGAACGCUGUGCAAGCCAGGCUGGCACGGAAGACUCUUCCAAGGAUUUCCCCACAAGGUUUGGUAGAGUACGCUCUUCCAUUCCCAUCCUCAGCUCAAAUCCGAGGAACUUAUCAUUUGCCCGGAGCUGACACCGACUGGCUCUUGACGGGAAACCAAGUUCAAAGUGGACAUUAUCAAAGCGGUGAUCACAGCAGUAGAGGGAUUGUCCCUCACAUUGAUCCCUUAGCUCGUAGAAUGUUGAGUGCUGGCAAAGGAAAAAAUAAGUUCCCAUGGGAAAAUCAGUGCCCUGGAGUCACAGAUGUAUUUACAGGAACUCACACUACGGAUCAGUUUGAUUGCCUGCACCAGAAUGGACGGUACCGCAAGGCCGUGCAUUCCAGUGCAGUGCAACUUGGGUUGCGGCUUAAGGACCAAGGACAAAUAUCUGAUGUUACUUCUGUUCCAAAGCCAAAGUUACGACCGGCGAGAGUUCCCUCUGCUUCUCGGAAUAAGGAUACUGGGAAAAAGGCGGACAGCCUACAGCAAGGAAACCUUGCCAGUGAAAAGCCAGUGAGAGUGAUUGGUCAACGGAUGAAUUAUAGGAAUGGGCCUGCAGAUGCUGAAGAAGAUACUUCUAAGGAGAUUACUCCAGUGCCGACGAGACAUCCGCAAAAGCCAUCAAGACCCAUUAAAGGAAUUACCGGGUCAGUAACAAACUUCCAGCAGAUUAAUGACAAUGAUGCAACAGGCCUUUUGUCUGAGGAUUCUGUAGCUGUGAUUGGAAAAGGUGUGUUUGAAAUUCCUCCCGUUGCCUGUCAGUCACGCAGUCAGGCUUCCUUCUCCACCACAGAAGACUUGAGUGCAUUGAAGCACAGCAUAGAACCUCCUAUCGGUGUCUAUGGCAGAGCUGUUCAACAGAACAACGCACCAGUGGAAAGUGAUGUUAAAGUCACAAUGUCCAAAUCCGCCCGGGACAAGAUGAGACAGAAACGAGAGAAUAGCCUGAAGGAAUUGGUAGACUCCAAAGAUCCAGAGAGAAGAGAGAGACUUUCCCAAACAGACCCAGGUCUAGCACGUAGAGACUCUUGGACACCAGGAUCAGAGUGUCUGGAAAAUGUAGACAUCAGUCCACCAUCUUUAAAAAGAACUUCAAGCGUAAAGAAAUCCUCAGGUAUAGAUGGCGAUCCAUAUAGAGACCGAUCUUCCAUCAGCCGUAGUUCUGAUGACAUGGAUGCUGGUGUGCCCAGAGAACUGCCCAGGCCAAACCUUUCAAUCAUUGAAGUGUUUAAACUUCUGUCUGAUGUUGACUGGGAGAAGAAGAUUGAGGGCUUGAAUCUGGUACGAUCGCUGUGCAUCUUCCAUUCAGAUGUCAUUGCUGAGAGGCUCCAUGACCUGAAGAUUGCAAUAACAAAAGAGGUGAAGAACUUGCGUUCCGGCGUCUCCCGGGCAGCCAUCGUGUGUUUAGUAGAUAUGUUUACACACCUUAAGAAGAACAUGGACCAUGAACUGGACAACUGUGUCCGUGUUCUUCUCCACAAAGCUGGAGAGUCAAUCACCUUCAUCCGAGAUGAUGUGGAUAGGGCACUUGAGGCUAUGGUACAGAAUGUGACGCCGCUGCGUGCUCUAGCCGCGCUCUUAAAUGGAGGGCUCAGCCAUUUGAACACUGCAGUGAGGAAGUGCACAGCCCAGCACAUGUGUGGCUUAGUGGAGAGAAUGGGGCCUGGACGGGUUCUGUCUGGUAUAAAGGACAUCACAGACAGAGCGGUGCCCGCUAUAGCCAAGUUUGCUCAGGAUAGCUCUCAGGAAACCAGAUUCUAUGGCCGAAAGAUGCUUCACUAUCUGAUGUCUCAUCCCGACUUAGACAAAAUGCUGGAGAAACAUGUACAGAGCAAGGAUUUGCCUUCUAUAAGGGACUUGAUUAAACAAAUACAGAUCAAGGGAGUAGGAGAGAUCCAGGAUGCACCAUCUGCCCGUGGAAGAAGAUCUUAUCAUGGCAGUGUUGGCAGCCUGAGAGCUUCUUCGGUUUCUCAGAAUGCUCACAAUACACUGGAGAGCACAACAUAGAGAGAUAUGAAAUCGGUGAAUAACUGACUCGCGAACAAAAUAUUUUGCCAUAAUCAAGGGAGAUAGAGACAGAGAAAGCAUUAGAAGAUCCAUCCAUGGCUGCCCCUGAACAACUUCAAGCAAUUAACACUAAGAAAGAGACACUAUGAAUACAAACACGUCUUUUGUAAAGUAUAACCGGUGAAGUAUUAAAAGUAAAAUAACUGUAUAGU